UCAAAAUGGCGUUGGCCGGUGUGACAGUAACAGUUGAACCAGUGUUAGAACACCAAAUUCAAGAAGUGAAGCUCGAUGGACAGGAAGUUUACGUACCUCCAUUGUCUAUGUCGGAGAACCUCUCAAAACUUGCACAUAAGAUUGAUUUCUACAAAGAUGAGAGUGAGGGAAAGGGCAAGCCAACGUCAGAAGGAGAGAAAGACGGCGAUGAGGAGAAAGUCCUGGCCCCUUUUCAGCCAUCUCUGUGGCCCUGGGAUUCAGUACGAAAUAAACUUAAAUCCUCCCUGACAGAGAUCAGCGUGUUGUUAGAUGUGCUCAACUUGGCCAAAGAGAAACGGUACAUGGUUGCUGAAAAUGUCUCACAAGAAUCACCAGAUCAGAAAGCUUCCUUACAACUGCUAGCAAAGAAGAAGAGUCUGAUAGAAGCCUCUGCAUGCCUAAUGAGAGGCGCUGACCGACUGAAGAAGUCUCAGAUAGAUGCUUCUAACAGAACCCAGAAUGACUUCCACAUUGAGCUACUCAAAUUGCGACAGAACUGGAGGCUUAAACGUGUGGGGAACACCAUUUUUGGGGAUCUCAGCUAUAAAUCGGCUGGUUCUAGGUUCAUGCAGGCAGGGACGUUCGAGGUUGUAAAAAGUAGCGAGUCAACAUUAGAGCAGGAUGCUGGGGGUCCGAAGAGCUGCUUGGAGGUGCACAUCCCCAGUGAGCUGGAGGGCGUGGCUUACAUCCAGGUAGAGGUCAAGAGUGUCCCAGACAUGAUGGAUCUGACAUCGGCGACACUGAAGAUGCCAGCUGGCCUGGGGUCUGUCCCAUCAGAUGCUUACUGGCAGCAGAAACUAGAAGUUGCACAAAAUGUUCUGUUUUGUAAAGAACUAUUUGCUCAGUUAGCCAGAGAGGCCGUCCAGGUGAAAGGCACCUCCCCACACAUGGUCAUCAGCAACCAGAUAAUAACGAAUGUGUUUCCUGGGAUUCAGCUAUGCAUAGUGCUCUGUCAUUAUACUGGAAAAGAAAAGAAGAUGCCUCUGUCACCUCAGAAGCUGGAGCACAACCACGUCCUGGAGCACUCAUUGCACCAACUCCUGCGAGAGGUCCACUACCACAACGUCAACCUUGAUCCACCACACCCCAUGUUUGCCACGCUUGGUAUGACGAAGCGGCGACGACUGGCCGGACCUCAGGGCGUCACACGUGGAGAACUCAUACAGAUGGCAGCACGAUAUGGCCGAUCAAGUGACACCCUGUUGGAGCAGAUCAUCAAGCAGACCAAACAUGCUGUGCUACGAGUCAGAACGAUGCAUUUGAUAGAUGAACUUGCUGUGUCGAUUCAAGACCCCCAGAUCACUGCACACUGGAACUGCCUGAACAACAGUCUGCAGUCAAGUGUCCGCAUCAACAUAACUUCAUAUGGCUACGAGAGUGUCAGGACACACCUCAGCCUUGUGAUCGGAGUGGACUCCAUCCAGGUGAUAUUGAAAGAUGGGCGGACGUGUACGCUGUCGUUUGAAGACAAGGAGCUGAAGGAUCUGAUCCACUGGCAGGUGUCACAGUUCCACGUCCUGGUGGUACAGCAGCUGGUCAAGUUCCAGGGCUGGAUGCUGCUGUCUCUCAGCGGCGGCAUUGGAUCCGGAGACAUGGAGACAUUUGGCACCGGCUCCAUUAUGUUUGCUUCUCCCAAGGGAGAUAGAGUUCUUGCCUUAAAGAGUGGCCCAUCAAGUGGGCUAUCGCUUUCAUUGAAGAACCUUGACCCCUGCGAGUACAACAAGUCGUCGCCCGUCACAGACCCCAAAUGGUACAACCUUGGCGGGCAGUUUAAAGCUAUCAAUCUGGACAGACUAGAAGGGAGAAACUUCGCCAGCAAGAUGGACAUGUUAAUGGCUAAACUGACUUCAGGAUGAAAUAUUAUAUUGUCAAACUGGCAUUAACUUAUUACCUGGGUUUGUCAUUUUUGGAAAUAAUGGACGUAAUACCACAGUUUCCAGCAUUCUUCAUCCAGUGUGAAAAUGCAGAGGCUUCAAACCUGAACAGAUGUGGGAGGCUCACGAAAGGAGGAAACAGAGAGAAUUGGAGGACGGAUGUGAGCAGUUCAUGCACUGGUUACCUUGGAAACAUUUCAUUGUGGGAUGGUCAAGGUCACUGUAAUGGCAUGGAUCAAGGUCAAAGUUCAUCCAUGUGAUUAGACAUCAAAUGUACAUCAAAUGUGUGACCUGGCAUUGUUCCACGGAAGUGAAGGUUGUUUAGUUACCGUUUCUCAGACUUUCCUUGUCACGACCCUUGAAAUGAUCAAGGUUAAUCUGAACAACCAGUGUGGAGAAAUUCCUUUACAUGCCAAUGACAUGAUAUGUGAAACAUUUUCAAUUUGUAAAGCUUACAGACAGAGCUUUGAAAAAGGUUUUCAAGACAAUAGACAAUUGUUUCAUGACCAGAAGAGUCAUUCAUCCAUUGAUCAAUCUCAUUCUGUGUAUUGUGACAUUUUCAUAUACUUGUAUAUUUUGUACCUAUUGAACAUUGUUGAAUCAUUUAGUGAGUAUGAAGAAAGUACUCAUGUAGUGAUGUAAUAAUCAUUUGCAUGGUCUCUGGAAGCAAUGUUUUCAGUGAAACUGAAUAAAAGAAAGGAUAACAA